GCACUAUGGCAGUCUUAAGGCAGCUUCAGAAACUUUCAGAAUAUAACUAAUUGCUUGUAAGAGAGGGAAAAAGACAAUAUAUUCUGUGCAGCACAGCGGGGGCCCUUGAGCCUCCUCUGGAGCGCACUGGGGAAAUCAUCAAGGAAAAAAGUUAUCGGCGGACGGCGAAGGGCACAGCUCCGGCAGUGCCAGCGCGGAGCUGCCAGGCUCUGCUGGGCGAGGAGCCAGCGCUGGAGGCAGCCUUUGCCCGAGCACAAACAGCUCCUUCAUUAGCAGAGGGACGCGGAGCCGGGCGCUCGGGGAGCAGCCUCGGGAAAGGGGAGCUGCCAGCAGCCCCUGCGCCCUACACCCCCGGCAACGUGCUCCAUCGUCUCCCGCUCCGCUUCCCCACGCUUCCCGGGAAGGCAACUCUUCCAGGCAGGACCGGGGGCCUCCUCCUCACCAGGUAGGUACCUCUCCUCUGGCUCUGCACCCUGGAGAUGGCGGCACCCAAGGUUGCAGUGGUUGGCGCGGGAGUCAUCGGCCUGUCCACAGCGCUGUGCAUCACGGAGACUUGCCCCAGCUGCUCUGUGACGGUCCUUUCAGACCAGUUCAGCCCCAACACGACGAGUGAUGUUGCAGCCGGGAUGCUCAUCCCUCACACCUACCCAGGCACACCAAUCCACGUGCAGAAGCAGUGGUUCAAAGAGACCUUCACUUUCCUUUUUGCCAUCAGCAACUCACCAGAGGCAUCAGAGGCUGGCAUUCAUCUGGUUUCUGGGUGGCAGGUCUUUAAAAACACUCCCAAGGAAGAGUUACCUUUCUGGUCAGAUGUCGUCCUGGGAUUUCGACCAAUGUCCGAAGCAGAACUCCAAAAGUUUCCGCAACACCGAUUUGGUCAGGCCUUUACGACGCUGAAAUGUGACUGUCCACCCUACCUGCUGUGGCUGGAGAAAAGGUUGAAAGCAACCGGCGUCCAGAUGCACACCAGAAAAGUUGCAGACUUGUGGGACCUGCACAGCGAAUAUAAUGUCGUCGUCAACUGCGCGGGCAUCGGAGCCCACCAGCUGGUGGGGGACGAGAAGCUCUUCCCCGUCAGGGGACAAGUACUCAAGGUUCAUGCUCCUUGGGUAAAAAACUUCAUCCGGGACGGGGAUGGCUUAACUUACAUCUACCCGGGGAUACACAGGGUAACCCUAGGGGGAACCAGAGAAAAGGGGAGCUGGAGUCUCUCCCCUGAUCCUGGCACUACCAAAGACAUCUUUGACAGAUGUUGCUCCCUUGAGCCCUCGCUGCGGGGAGCUCAGGAUAUCAAGGUGAAGGUGGGCCUGAGGCCAUCCCGGCGGUGCGUGAGACUGCAGAGAGAGGUCUUGAGCCGAGGAGGAGUUAAGUUCCCGGUGGUCCACAACUAUGGGCACGGGGCAGGUGGCUUUUCGGUGCAGAGGGGCACAGCCAAAGAGGCUGCUCGCUUGGUGGGAGAGUGCAUUGCUACCCUGCCAGGCUCCUCAUCGAGGGCCAAGCUUUGAAUCCCAGAGGCUACUUUCACAUUUACAACAGGCUAGUAUUGCAUCUCCUAGUAGCAGCUUUGGACUUUUAUUCUAUUACUGGAUGGAAGGAACCUAAGAAAGCAGCUUGUGCCAUUGCAGAUGCUUGGUGGUAUCUCACCUGGCUUCCAGCUGCCACCUUGGAAAGGCAUGAUGGGUUGAUCCAAGUAUUAGUCCAGCUGUCCUUCUCCUCUAUCUGGCAUUGUUUCUACCCUGGGCAUUUCUCCUAGCCUCAUGUUAAGGAGAAGGCAAGAUGGUAAAUAUUCUUCACAUGACAGGGAUCAGAUUGCUGCAGUAUAAUACAAGUAACAUCCAUUUAGCAUUUCUUCAUCUGCAUCUAAAGGGUAUUGGAUGCACUAGGUUCAUAUUCGCUAAGAACUAGUUCUCUCCUCUUGUACCAAAUCUAAUCUAGUAUUGCCCUUUCUCCCAGCAUCUUACUACCAAACUUUACCAUUUUCUGUAUGAUUUACAAGGAAAAGAAAACCCCAUGCAGUGCUGCAUUACAGUGGUCCAGGUCAGCUCUUACAGAAAGCAACAGUAGGUCACUGUCAUGCACAGUGACCAGGCAAGCAUGAUUUUAAGAGAAGAUCUGUGACGCUGAUCACUGCAUUUGCUCAUAUUACUCCUCAGGGAACUUAACACAAAGUUUCUGCGAGAGGAAGUUGCCCCAUAUGAGCUACAGUUUUGUGCAUCUUUUCUCACGCUUGUUUACAAAUCUUUUUUUUUUUCGCAGAGCCUCUCAGGGUUUGCUCUCAGACGCAGAUGAUUUUUCCCCCCCCAAUAGCAGCAUUGACAUGGCCCGUGUUCUACAGAAGAGGAUUUUUCAGGGUGGGCUAGGGAGUGCAAGCAUCUCUUUUCUACUUCGCAUGAGCACUGGCUGCUUUUCUUGCAACAGCUGAUAGGACUAAACCAGUGACAAACCAACAAGGACCUUAACACCAGCCUCAGUUUCAUAAGGGAGAGAAGAGCCAUUUAAGACUAAAACACUCCAAAGACAAAUUUGUCUGUAACUGGACAUGAGCAAGCUCCUCUGCUGUAAGGUAGCUGAGCCACUGGAGCCCAGAUCCUCACUUCAUGGCAGAGGCUGAGCUGGGCUUUACACUCCCCUCAGCAGUUCAAGCCCUUUGAUGUGGCUGAAGAUAGUCACUCCCCAAAGUUGGAGCUUACCGUCAAAGUAUAGGUCUGACUGUUAGCGAUUAAACCACUCAUUAGCUCUUAAAUGGCUCAUUCAAGAGUGUUAGCAUCCACUUUUGUCUAGGUUUUUUUGUCCUUACAACUACAAACCAAAUCAAACUCCUUCAAGAAUUCACAUGGCUAAGAUGAACUGAUAAAUAAAGUUCUAAUAAUGGAGCAAAGGUCACUUCUGUAGUGUUUCCUUUCAUAAACAAGGGGUUUUCUUUGAUUUGGGAUGGCCAAGAAAGGCCACAUUCAGACAUGACUGCCAGCUCCUGCUGUUCUCAGGGGGCAUGAGGACAGUUAUCCUUUGCAAGGGACAGCUGUCAGAAGAAACAUCACCAAAUUAAAUUGUAGGGACAGCUGUCAGAAGAAACAUCACCAAAUUAAAUUGUAGGUCAAUAAGCGCCUGGGAUCAGCCUAAGCCAGCCCUGCCUUCAAUAGCCUUGCCCUUCUCUCCUCAGCUCUGAAGGCUAAUUUUGCAUUCCUUCCCCCAACAUUUGUCCUUUCCAGCAGUAUGAGAGGACAGAGCUGCUGCUUUUGGCAGCAGUGCUGGCGUAGGGUUUGUCAAACUGCAGCUUUGCCCUCAGCUAACAUGGAACAUAGUAAUACAUGGAAAAAGAACAUGAGAAUGGGCUAUUUUUUCUUAAUCUUGAUUUUAAUCUUGAAAAGUAACAAACAGUGUAUCUUAUCCUGGAGCAAGAAACACUACUAAUGCUAAUGGGAUGCUCAUAGCCCCACGAGAGCCCCAGAGCUCUGGUUGUGCGCUUCUGCUCUGCACGGUGGCAGGGUUUUUUCUAAUUUACUUCUAA